UGGAAUUUGAAUUGGAUCCAAUGAAGUUGAAGUAUUAUUGGAAUUUGAAUUGGAUCCAAUGAAGUUGAAGUAUUUACGGAGGUUAACGACGAAACAACAUUUGUAUUUCGCGUGUCUUUCAUCUCAGUAGGGUUCAUCAUAUUAUCAUAAUCACCAAUGGCUGCAAAAGAUUCCCGCAAGUUUGGGCGCACUGAAAUCCCGUUUGCAAAGUUGGUUUUUGCAUUACUGAUCUUCGUUUCUGCGAUAUACUUGACGGCGAUGGCUUAUAGUUGGCUAAAUCAGCUGAACCGAUCAAAUUUGGCCCUAAAGAGCCCAGAACUGCACCAAGAGUUCGAAAGAUUCAUGGUCAAAUUUGGGAAGAAGUACGACACCGAGGAGGAGAGAAGCAAGAGAUUCCAGAUCUUCGCGAAAUACUACCAAAAACUCAAGGAUUCCAACAAGUCUGGAGGCGGGUCCGAACAAUCCUCUAAUACUGAUCUGGGUAUUACUGGCUUUGCUGAUUAUGCGGAUGAGGAAUUACCUCGUGGUGGGUGUUCCAUAGACUAAGGAAACCAAGGAUUUCUGGCAGAUUUGUUUCCGGUGCUUUAUUUUGGUGUCUAAUGAAGGGUGCUCAAAGCAGGUCGUUUGAGAUCAAACAUCAUUUAUUCUUGUCAGUUAUUAUCUUCUUUACAUAUAUCAUUGUGAUUUCACUACCCUUUGGUUUUUCUUUGACAGUACUGUUUACUGCGGAGAAAGAAUUAUUUAUACGAGUUUAUUGUUGAAGUUAUGUGUUCUUGUUAUUUUUUUAUUAUGAUCAUUAAGUUGUUGUUUCAAGCUAUGUUAUCCGGACUCUUCUAUUUGGGGAGAAUACGAUACCCGUAUCCGAGUCCAGGUAACAUAGGUUUCAAGUGCAAUAGCCUCUCUGCUGCCCUAAGAAGCCUUUUAGAUUUUUAUGAUGAUGAUAUGCGAGGCAUUUGGUUAAAGUUGAGGAUAGGCUAAACCUUCGUUUUUAGUGCUGAAAAGGAGGAAGGCAUUCUGAUAUAAAAAUGGCUUUUACCAGAAACUUCGAUUCUGGGGAGGAAAGAUACGCUACUUUCAACCUCCU